GGCAACACUGCUGAUAAUUGAUAACACAUUGAUUUAAUUGUCUAAUUUUAUUUUGGUAAUUGGUUACAAUACCAACAAUAAUAAAUAGGUAUUGAUUGUUCCGUCCUCGACAUCCGGAAUUCAUGUUGAGUUUAGCUUUCCUUUUUUCGUAUGUCCGACUUAGCAAUACUCCCAGUCCCCACUCCGGUACCACCAUAAGUUUCCGCUUUUGAUCGAAUCCUACCUACUACCCCGCGGACUUUGCUCUAAUAUGAGUAAAAAAGGCAUUGUUUUAAAUGGGAGAGCUCGAGAAAUUGUUUGCAACGUAGACGAAUACUUUAAGAGCGAGAAAGAUUACAAUGUUGCAUUAGUACAUGAUUUGAAGACAGCAGACAUUCUAACAGGUUUAGGACCUUAUGGAAAUGUAACUUUGACUCGUGAAAUAUUCAAUAGUAUUUUGGUAACCCUGCAAAGUGCUUACAAAGUGAGUGAGCGAGUCAAACUAGCUACUGGUAUUAGCAAUUAUACAAUAAGUCGUAUCCGAUACGAGCGAAAAGAUGCAGAAGCACCAGAAGCCAACAGCAGCAAAGUAUCGACGCCAAAAAAGAAACCUCUGCGAAAAUUAAUAGUUGGUGAUAAUUUUGAGAUUGCUGCUCUUCAAAAUAUAAUAAAUUCCAUCUAUAGGAUAAAGAAAGAAAUUCCAACAUUGAAAAAAAUACUUGCUGCAGCAAAGGAGGAGCUGCAAUUUCCAGGAGGCAAAAUGACACUAAGGAGAAUAAUGGUUGAUUCACUCGGCUAUAAAAAUAAUUGUCAGAGCAACGGAAUAGAUCUUAUAGAAAGAUGUAAUAGUAAAGCAUGGCGUUCAAAAUAUUUACGACGUAUUCAUCAAAAUGAUAUUUUGGGUGCUGAUAAAAAACCUAUCGUUUAUUUAUUUGAGACAUGGAUCCAUGCCCAUUAUACUAUUAAGAAAUGUUGGCAGACAAGUACUGAAACUGGUGCGAAAAAAAAUGACAGUGUUGGGUGCCGGUGGGUUAUCGCUGGAGGCGAAAAUGGUUUUAUAAACGGGGCUCUGCUUAUGUUUAAGACAAAAUUGAAAACAAGUGAUAACCACGAUAAAAUGUAUGCUGCGAAUUUCAUGAAAUGGGUUAGUCAAAAUUUAAUACCAAAUCUCCCGAAAAAUGCAAUCGUUGUCAUGGACAAUGCUGCAUACCACAGCAUGGAAGUUUCCAUGGCCCCAAAUGUUAAUACAAAAAAAGAGAUGCAGUCAUGGCUUAAAGAAAAAAAUAUAGAAUUUGAGGAAUGUUUCACCAAAGCAGAACUCUAUCAGUCGAUAAAAAGGCAUAAACCGCCAAUAAAUAAUCACAUUGACAAUCUGUUUAGCUCUCACGGUUUUGAAGUUUUGAGGCUGCCACCCUACAAUUGCGAUUUAAACCCAAUUGAAUAUAUCUGGAAUUUGAUUAAGUGUAGGGUGGCAAACAGUAAUGUUCAAAAGCUGGAAUCCCAAAUUGAACGGUUGACUCUUGAAGCAAUUGCCUCAAUAACCAGGGACGAUUGGCAGAGAGAGAUGACUCACGUAAAACUAAUCGAGAGGCAAUACCGGAAGAGGGAGCAAUUUGAAGAUGAGGACGAGAAGUUUAGUUUUAUCAUACAAACUGGGGAAAGCAGCUGUGAUGAAGAUGAAGACUACUUGGAGAAUAAUGCAGAAAUUACUGGAAUUGAACUGCAACAUUCAGAUUAAAACUAUCAUGUUAGAUUAAUUCUAUUGUAAAUACUUUAUAUAUAAAUUUUACUAACUCUA